AUGGAAGAGACCCUGUUGCUGAAAAAGAGCAGUGAAAACAAGGGGGUGGAGACAUCAAAGAUUGGUGUCCUUCUCCAACAGCUAAAGAAGUUAAGCUUGAUGGCAGGACCAAUGGUUGUGGUAACAGUGUCACAGUACUUGUUGCAAGUUGUGUCGUUGAUGAUGGUUGGACAUCUAGGUCAACUGUCCCUUUCAGGUGUUGCCUUAGCCACUUCCUUUGCAGAUGUCACUGGCUUCAGUAUACUUACGGGAAUGGCUGGUGCUUUGGAAACUCUAUGUGGCCAAUCAUUCGGAGCAGAGCAAUUUCAUAAGCUUGGAAACUAUACCUCGUGUGCAAUAAUCUCUCUGAUUUUAAGUUGUUUCCCAAUAUCUAUACUAUGGAUGUUCAUGGACAAAUUGCUUAUUCUUUUGGGACAAGAUCAUGCAAUUUCACUUGUAGCUGGAAAAUACUGCCUUUGGCUCAUUCCUGCAUUGUUUGGCUUUGCUGUUCUUCAAGCUUUGGUUCGCUAUUUUCAGACUCAGAAUUUGAUCUUUCCCAUGCUUCUAAGCUCUGUUGUUGUUUUAGUUUUGCACAUACCUAUUUGUUGGGUACUAGUGUUUGUACUGGGACUUGGACAAGAUGGAGCAGCCUUAUCCAUUGCAAUUUCGUAUUGGCUCAGUGCCAUAUUGCUUGGAGUUUACGUAAAGUAUUCUCGGGCAUGUCACAAAACUAAGAUAGUCUUAGGGACUAAUGCUUUAAGAACCAUCAAAGAGUUCUUCCUCUUAGCCAUCCCUUCCGCACUAAUGGUUUGUUUGGAGUGGUGGUCAUUUGAACUGCUAAUAAUACUUGCUGGACUUUUACCAAAUCCAGAACUUGAAACUUCAGUUCUGUCAAUCUGCCUUAACAUUUGUACAUUGCACUAUUUCAUUCCGUAUGGGGUUGGUGCUGCAGUAAGUACACGGGUUUCAAACGAAUUAGGGGCAGGAAACCCACAGGCAGCUCGAGAUGCUGUUUACUCUGUCAUUUUUCUAGCUUUCAUAGAAGCAAUUGUCCUUAGCUCUCUGCUAUUUUGCUUCCGUCAUGUGUUGGGACUUGCAUUUAGCAAUGAGAUGGAAGUUGUAAAUUCAGUUGCAAAGAUAGUUCCCCUGCUUUGUCUUUCUGUCAGUGUGGAUAGUCUACUAGGAGUUUUGUGUGGGGUUGCCAGAGGCAGUGGAUGGCAGAAGAUAGGGGCACUUACCAAUCUUGUAUCAUAUUAUGCUGUGGGACUCCCAGUGGCUAUCUUGUUGGGUUUUGGUCUAAGUUUAAAUGGUAAAGGCCUAUGGAUUGGUAUAUUGACCGGGUCUACACUACAAACAAGUAUACUUGCUUGCAUAACAGCAUUUACUAAUUGGGAAAAACAGGCAUCCUUGGCAACUGAGAGAAUAUCCGAGCAUGAUGAGGGUGAUUUUCUAGCUCAUAAUGGAUUUGCUUGAUGCUUGAAAGUGAAGGG